UUGUAUGUAGAGAUCCACGUUCACUUGCCUAUUGCCAAACAGUCAACUACACCUUUUGCAAAACCGUGUUUUGUUUUUGGACUUUUACUUUUUGAUAGAUUUUUCUUUUCACUCUGUUCCAGUGUGUGCCUCCCUGCAUUUUUUUUUAAUUUACUUCUCUUAUUGUCAACUGUCUUUUUCUGCAUUACUUUAAACCAAAGCCUUUUCCAGCAUUACUUUCAACAAAAGAGAUCAGUAACAGAGUGAUACAGUGGUGCCCAGCUUGCCGCUACGACAUGUCAAACCCACAGAAUCUACAGCAAGGUCACGCACUGGCUCAAAUUUUGGCCAACUUGCAGCAGCAGCAGGCAGUACUGCAGCAGCAGCAGGCGGUACUGCAGCAGCAGCAGGCGGUACUGCACCAGCAGCAGACGCAGAUGCUAAACCUUUUGCCUCAGUCUGGGGCUGCUGCGAAUCCGCACCUCCCCAUGGAACUCUCUCCAGAAGACCAUCGUCGCCGCUUCCGUAGUUACUGCAUGGGACCACAAGAAGGGCCUUCGGCUUUUGCCCAGCGGCUCCGGUACGAUGCGGAGAGGUGGCUGCAUCCUGGCCCGACACAAGGGGAGGCGCGGCUGCUGGAGGCUGUCGUUCUGGCGCAGUUUGUGGAGGGGCUCCCAAGGGAAAUAGCGGACUGGGUCAAGUGUCAAGAGCUGCCCAAUCUGGAGGCGGCAGUGAGGCUGGCUGAAGGCCACCUGGCGGCGCGGACAGAAAACCCCAGAAGAUUGCAGCCAGGGGAGGAAUGCCAGGAGGACGCCAUGGAGGUGCAGCAGGUGUACAGUGUUGCCAGGAUGUCUACACCCAACUCUGGUCGAGGAGGGAUCUACAGCGUUCCGAAACAUCAAAGAGGCAGCCUGGCCAUCUGUUACGACCCGGCUCAAAGCCGCAACAUAAAAAAAGGAGACGAAUACCAGAGUGAUUUGCCAUCCAUAAGUGAAAAAGGAAAAAGAAAGUUAGAACUUUCUCAGAGUGAGUUCGGCGAAUGGCAACCAUCUCCUAAACGACAAGACAACUGUGCAGCAGAAUCACAGUCAGAAACAGAAAUACUGUCUGAUGUCAAAGACAUAAUGAGACGUGUCAGUGAAAGACUACGUGGCCGUGACAAGCUCAGCGCUUUCCUAAAGGAUAAAAUCAAAGAUUUGGAGACAGAAAAGAGACACCUGGUUGGUGUCUUUGGUAAAACCGGGGCUGGAAAGAGCUCUUUAAUCAAUGCCAUCAUAAAUAAGGAGGGCCUGUUGCCUUCUGGAAGCGUCAGUGCAUGUACCUCAGUAAUGAUAAAGGUGGAGGCUACCAGUGGAUCAAAGUAUGAGGCACACAUCGAGUUCAUUACAAAAGAGGAUUGGAAAAAUGAGGUGCAGUCCCUAAAACUGGCUCUUGAAGAAGAAGAAGAUGAUGGUGGUGGUGGUAAUGAUGAUUGUCUUGACCCUGAUGGAAAGUUAUCAGCGCUGUAUGGAGAAGAGUGGAAAGAAAGAUCCACUCACAGCCUCAUGGACAACAAAUAUUUCAGAGAUAUUCCAGAGUUUCUGAAGCCCAAGAUAAAAAAAUUGGAAAGUGACUCAGCUGAAGCGUUGUCUGAAGAAUUUGUGAGAUAUACAACAAGUGAGUCAAAUGAGACAGAAGAAGUGAAGAGGUGGUACUGGCCACUUGUGAAGUGUGUGACUGUCAAAGUGCCAGACAAUGAUUUUCUUGAUCACGUCACACUCGUGGACCUUCCUGGAAACGGUGACUCUAACAGAAGCAGAGAUCAAAUGUGGACAGAGAUUAUUGCCAGUUGUUCUACAGUUUGGAUUGUGACUGAAAUGAAUCGAGCAGCAUCAGAAAAAGAAGCCUGGGACAUCUUGGAAGGUGCCAGCAGCCUGCUGGGAAAUGGUGGCGAGUGUCAACAAAUUCAUUUUAUCUGCACCAAGUCAGAUCAUGAAAAACCAGAUGAUCUAAAAAGGGAGGAAGUCCGAAAAAACAAAGUCAAGAAUGCAGUGAAGAAGGAAUUCAAAAAGCAGAAAAAGAUUAAGAAUCACUUCAGUGAGGAUUGUUUCCAAGUCUUCACAGUGAGCUCCAAAGAGUUCCUCAAAGGGGAGAAUGUAAAUCCAGAUGUCAAUGAAAUACUGAAACUUAAGGAAAUUUUGAAAAAUCUGAAUGAUGCUCAUUCAGAGACAUUAAACUAUGUGUCUGGAGCUUAUGGGAUUCUGUCUUUGAUUCAAGGGGCCAGAAGUGGAGAAGUGGUUGAACAAAAAAACGAUGUGUGUGCAGUCCUUGAGGGAAACUUGAGCAUCCAACAUAAUCGAGUCAAAAAAGCAAUUGAAGACAUUACAAAAGCUUUUGAACAACACCUACGGGACGGAGUUGAAAAAUCCCAAAAAUCAUGUGAAAGAAAACUGAGGUCCUUCUUACACCCCAGUAAAACAAGUGGCAGAUCUUUUCACAAGACGCUAAAGUCUGCAGUUAGAAAUGUUGGCAUCCAGAAACCAAAAAAAGGGAAGCGAAAAGACCUCAACAUGAUAUUAGCGUCUUGUUUGACUGAAAGCAUUGAUGAAAAAUUCAGAAACACCUUCCCGUGAGAAUAAUUGAAUUCUGAACAGCACCAAUAUGUA